UCUCUCAGAGAUCAAAGCAAGACACCAACCAUGAGCCAUUCUUCCAUGCACUCCUCCACUUCCUACAGGCGCACCUUCGGGAGCCCCCAUAAUAUCUCCAUGUCCUCUUAUUCCAGCGCGUCUUCUCGUCCACCUGUCUCCGGGGGUCGCUACAUGCGCUCCGUGUCACCUAUGGUGUCCUCCCGCUCCACCACCUACCACCAACAGCGUUCCCGACCCAGCGUCCAGCCCCAACGCCUCACCUAUGACAAGGUGGAUUUUACCAUGGCCGAGGCCAUCAACCAGGAGUUCCUCACCACCCGCAGCAACGAAAAGGCCGAGCUACAGGAGCUCAACGACCGUUUCGCUAGUUUCAUCGAGAAGGUGCGCUACCUGGAGCAGCAAAAUGGUGCACUGCAGCAGGAGCUGACCCAGUACAAAGGUCAGCAGCAGCACGGACAGCCCAACCGUGCCACCGAGAUCUUCCAGGACGAGUUGAGGGAGCUAAGACGCCAGAUGGACGCCAUCGGCAAGGAGAGGGAUCAGUACCAACUAGAGAGGGACAACCUGGCAGAGGACUUGGGCCUGCUAAAGCAGAGGCUGGAUGAAGAAGCUCAGAAGAGGGCAGAUGCUGAGAAUAACCUAGCUGCCUUCCGCAAGGAUGUGGAUGAUGCUACAUUAUCCCGUCUGGAGCUGGAGAGGAAGAUCGAGUCCCUGAUGGAUGAAAUUGAAUUCCUCAAAAAAAUGCACGAUGAAGAGAUCCAGGACGUUCAAGUGAGUGUCCAGACCCAGCAGCUGAGGAUGGAGGUGGACCACGGCACCCGACCAGACCUUACUGGAGCUCUGAGGGAUAUCAGGGCUCAGUAUGAGACCAUUGCAAUGAAGAACAUGCAGGAAUCUGAGGACUGGUACAAGUCCAAGUUUGCAGAUCUGACUGAAUCGGCAAAGCGCAAUGGUGAUGCUUUGAAGCAGGCCAAGCAGGAUGCCUCAGAGUCUAGGAGGCAGAUCCAGUCCCUGAACUGUGAAAUUGAUGCAUUGAAGAACACGAAUGAAGCGCUCUUAAGGCAGAUGCGUGACAUGGAGGACCAGUUCGGCAAUGAGAUCGCAAACUACCAGGACAACGUAGGCCGACUGGAGGAAGAGAUUCGUCACUUGAAGGACGAGAUGGCUCGUCACCUUCGUGAAUACCAGGACCUUCUGAAUGUCAAGAUGGCUCUCGACAUUGAAAUUGCUACUUACCGGAAACUGCUGGAGGGGGAGGAGAGUAGGAUUACCAUGCCUCUUCUCAACAUUGGCAUGACAAAUCAUCUUGGCGAACGUGAUUAUGAACCCAUGCCAGCCAGUGGAACCAAGAGGACUGUGGUGAUAAAGACAGUUGAAACUAGAGACGGAGAGGUGGUGAAAGAAUCCAAGCGGGAGAAGGAGACUGAUUCGGGCCACAGUGACAAAGACGACAAGGACAACUAG